AUGUCUGGCGCUCGGAGACGGGGCGCGGGCCACUCCCUGGCGGGCUUCAGGCGGGGCGCUGGGCAGGAUGAGGCCGACGCGGCCGCCAUCCCCCAGGGCUUGCUUCGGGCGGCUAGGAAGAGCGGCCAAUUAAACCUGUCCGGCCGGGAGUUGACCGAAGUACCUCUACAUGUUUGGCGAAUAAAUUUGGAUACUCCAGAAGAGGCCCACCAAAAUGUAUCUUUCAGUGCUGCCGAUCGCUGGUGGGAGCAAACUGAUCUCAACAAACUGAUUUUAUCUUCUAACAAACUGCAGUGUCUUUCUGAUGAUGUCAAACUCUUACCCGCCCUCACUGUGCUUGAUGUGCAUGAUAAUCAACUCACGUCUCUCCCUGCUGCUGUAGGAUCACUAGAAAAUCUUCAGAAACUUAAUGUGAGUCAUAAUAAACUGAAAAAGAUACCAGAAGAACUUACUCAGCUAAAACACUUGAAGAGUCUGCUUCUGCAGCACAAUGAAUUGUAUCACUUGCCUGAUGAAUUUGGACAGCUUGUCAGUUUGGAAGAGUUGGAUAUCUCUAAUAACCACAUCCCUGGUAUCCCAACAAGUUUUGCUUUCCUUAUAAACUUGGUGCGUCUCAAUUUAGCUUCUAAUCAAUUAAGGAAUCUACCCACAGAAAUCAGUGCAAUGAAAAGUUUAAAACAGCUUGAUUGCACUAAGAACUUCCUGGAAACUAUACCUCCUGAACUGGGCAGUAUGGUUUCAUUAGAACAACUUUAUCUAAGGAGAAAUAAGUUGUGCUACCUGCCAGAUUUUCAUUCAUGUACAUAUUUAAAGGUAGGAUUUGUUUUCUUUAGCAGAUAA